AGCUCUCAAACAUUUCAACUCACUAUGAGCGAUAAAAGUGUUGUUCUCGAUAACGGAUCUUAUCAGAUAAAAGCUGGGUUCGCUCAGGAAGACGCCCCUCGUUCUGUUAUUCCUACAGUACUGGGACACUACAAACAAGCUUUUACUGCGGAGGAUGAAGCAAGGUAUUACGUGGGGAGUGAUGCUCAGAGCAAGAGAGAAGCUCUUAGCCUCCAGUCCCCAUUCAGUGGAGGUACUGUUACUAACUGGGAUACCAUGCAAAAGAUCUGGGAUCACACCUUUCACAAUGACCUUCGACUAGAGCCCAAGGAAACUAAAAUGUUUAUGAUCGAUCCUCCACUCAAUCCUCACUCAAACAGAGAAACAAUGGCCCAGCUUAUUUUCGAGACCUUCAAAUUCUCGUCCUUGUACGUGAUAACCUCAGCUGUUCCCACUCUCUACGCGUCCGGACGGUCCACUGGUGUUGUAGUGGAUUCUGGUUACGAUGUUACUCGUGUUGUUCCUGUCUGCGAGGGAUUUGUCAUGACAGACGAAAUAAAACAAGUGGAGCUAGCAGGUAGAGCUGUCACUAACAACAUGACUAAUCUCAUCUGGGAGAGCACUGGGAACAACCCGCCUGAGGCUUACACCUUUAGGGAGAUCAAGGAGAAGUUCUGUUAUGUUGCUGAAGACUACGAUCUGGAGCUUCAGAAAGCUGGUAGUUCUGACUUUUGUAAAUCGGAAUACAAGUUACCGGAUGGUACUGAGGUUUCUCUGAGGAAUGAGAGAUUUGAUUGUACGGAGAUUCUCUUCCAGCCCUACCUUGGGGGUCAUGAUUGUGCUGGCAUCCACGAAAUCUGCCACCAAUCCAUCUCAAAGUGUGACGCUGAUAUUUUGGAAGAAUUAUACAGCAACAUCGUCCUCGCUGGAUCCACUACUCUGUUCCCUGGUAUGGCACAGAGGCUGCGGAGAGAGAUCACUGCUUUGGCUCCUGCCCAUACUAAAGUUAAGAUGAGUGAGGACCCCAAGGGGAACCUGGCUACCUGGUUAGGAGGCUCUAUAAUGGCUAGUAUGACUUCUGCAGAUCAGUGGAUUACUAAGGAGGAGUAUGAGGAACAGGGUUCUAAAGUUGUGUUCCAGAAAUGUCCACAAUAAAUGUCAACAAUAGUGCAACAUUUGCCUUCAUUCUGGAGAGAUUAUAUUUUGUGACUGAACUCUGACUGUUAAUAAGGAAGCUGUUAGUGUGAAACACUAACACUAACACUAACACUUACACUGUUAGGGUAGUGUGAAACACUAAACUCCUAGCAAAAUAAAUUCGUGAGCUCAGUUUUUGACAUUUCGUUAAGUUAAUACUAAUAGUAGUUUUUGUAAGUUUUAGUUGCAUGUGUUUUUAUUUCUCUUACUUUUUAUCUGUGUGGGUCGAAAUAUGCUUAUCAAUUUUCUAAAAAGAGCCGUAAACGGUAGGUAGUUAUUAAUGUGAGACGGCCGACUUUAUGGCCGUUACUUUUGUAUCGAAACAAUAUAAUAAUUCAAUUGUAAUAACCACUUAAAAAAUAAA